AUGCCUACUGUUCAUCUCCUAGAUUAUGUCGCGGGGAACAUCCGGUCCCUCGUCAAUGCAUUAAAUAAGCUGGAUUGUCAAGUAAAAUGGAUAAAGUCGCCUCAAGAUAUCCAAAAAGCGGAAAUUCUGAUUUUACCUGGUGUUGGUCACUUUGGCCACUGCAUGAGCCAGCUUUCCAGCGGCGGGUUUCUCGAGCCAAUAAAGGAGCAUAUUAACUCUGGAAAGCCGUUCAUGGGAAUAUGUGUUGGCUUGCAGGCCUUGUUUGAAACGUCAGAGGAGGCUCCCGAUGUCAAGGGAUUAGGACUGAUCCCUAUAUCACUCAAGAAGUUUGAUUCCUCUGACAAGAGUGUCCCUCACAUUGGUUGGAAUUCCGCCAUCUACAGCGAGAACAAGUGCUACUAUGGCCUCAAUCCUCGUAGUAAAUAUUAUUAUGUCCAUUCUUACGCGGCUCCCUGUGAUGCCACUGUCCUUCAAGCUCAAGGAUGGAAGGUUGCAACCGGCAAAUAUAAGAACGAAACCUUCAUUGGAGCCUUAGGACGGGGAAACGUGUUUGCAACUCAAUUUCACCCAGAGAAAAGUGGUCAGGCAGGAUUGAGGGUUCUGGAUGCAUUUCUCAAGGGCAAGGAGAUCGAUGAUCUCCCUGCUUCCGAUCUUUCUACCGCCAGGGAUGGACUGACAAGACGAAUAAUUGCCUGUCUUGAUGUCCGCACCAACGACGAAGGUGAUUUGGUGGUUACCAAGGGUGACCAGUACGAUGUUCGAGAAAAAUCUGGAGCUGAAGGACGCGGCCAAGUGAGAAAUUUGGGGAAACCUGUCGACAUGGCAAAGAAAUAUUACCUAGAAGGCGCCGACGAAGUAACGUUCCUCAACAUCACAUCGUACAGAAACUGCCCACUAGCCGACCUGCCGAUGUUGGAAGUUUUACGACAAACUUCUGAGACCGUUUUCGUGCCUCUAACCAUUGGUGGUGGUAUUAGAGAUACGACAGAUACAGAUGGAACCGUUGUCUCUGCUCUGGACGUGGCUAAGAUGUACUUUAAGUCUGGUGCUGAUAAAGUUAGCAUCGGAUCAGACGCUGUGACUGCCGCUGAAGAAUAUUAUGCUUCUGGAAAGAAAUUGACUGGCAAGACGGCCAUUGAAACCAUUUCGAACGCCUAUGGUAAACAGGCUGUUGUCGUCAGUGUUGAUCCACGACGUAUAUACGUCUCUUUCCCUGAAGAUACCACCUACCAUACAUUCGAGACCAAGUUUCCAAGCGAAAAAGGGGAGAAGUAUUGCUGGUUUCAAUGUACGAUUAAGGGUGGCCGAGAAGGAAGAGAUUUUGACAUUAAGCAACUCAUCGAGGCCGUUGAGGCGAUGGGGGCUGGCGAGAUAUUAUUGAACUGCAUCGACAAGGAUGGGACAAACAGUGGAUUUGACCUUGAAUUGAUCAAUGAUGUCAAGUCCUUUACUACCAUUCCGGUCAUUGCCUCCAGUGGAGCUGGAAAUCCUGGACAUUUUGCAGAGGUAUUCGAAAAGACUUCGACAGAUGCUGCACUGGGUGCUGGCAUGUUCCACCGCGGUACCUAUGCCGUCUCAGAUGUAAAGAACCACCUUCGUGACGAGGGCUUUUUGGUCCGUGAGGUAGAGUAG